AGGGUAAUCAUGCUAGCCGGUAGUCAGGCUCUUCGCCACCUUUCUACUGCUGCACAAAACCAAGGAGCUUGCGGUCCUGCAGUCAAGCUUCUUCUGAUUCAAUAUGGUCUGGAAAAUCGAAAAAUUGAUGGAACAGGCCCAAAAAACAAAAAUAUUCUGAAAGGCGAUGUUAUGAAAAUAGUUGAAGCUGAAAAGCUGAAGCCGGUGGCUCAUCAUGCACAUGCUCCAAAAGAAACACAUAUUGAAAAUAAAUCUAUUGAAAAGAAAUCAGACAUUUUCGGCGCCAACAAUCGCAGUCUCCGUCAUCACCAAGAUAUUCCUCUCAGCAAUAUUCGAGCAACAAUCGCAAAACGAUUGACAGCUUCUAAACAGCAAAUUCCUCACGAAUAUCAAGGUGUUGACGUUCGAAUUGACGAUAUUCUGGCGUUGAGACAGAAAUUGAAAAAAUCCGGAACUGCUGUUUCGCUCAACGACUUUAUCAUAAAAGCCGCAGCCCUUGCACUGAGGUCCGUGCCGACAGUAAAUGUUCGAUGGACUCCAGAAGGAAUCGGUCUCGGAUCAGUCGAUAUUUCGGUCGCUGUGGCUACUCCAACCGGCCUUAUCACUCCAAUUGUAGAGAAUUCUGAUAUUUUGGGCGUUUUGGCGAUUUCUAGCAAAGUGAAGGAGUUGUCGGGAUUGGCGCGAGAAAGCAAAUUAAAACCACAACAGUUCCAGGGAGGAUCUUUUACAAUUUCGAAUCUUGGAAUGUUCGGAAGUGUGACCAACUUCACAGCCAUCAUAAAUCCACCGCAAUGUGCCAUUUUGACGAUCGGAGGAACUCGUUCUGAAGUUGUAUCUGUUGAUGGACAAUUGGAGACACAAAAAUUAAUGGGUGUCAAUCUUUGUUUCGACGGACGAGCAAUCUCCGAAGAAUGUGCAAAACGAUUCCUUCUUCACUUCUCCGAAUCGCUUUCUGAUCCGGAAUUGCUCAUUGCUGAACCACUUUCUCCAGAACUCGAUUUUGAUUUUUCGCGUUUAUUGUAGUUUCGAAUUAGACAGGAUUCUCAUACUCUUCAUAGCACCGAUGUACUCUAAUAUUAGAUAAAAUGAAGUCGAAUUUUU